AUUUUUUCAGGGCUAGGAGGCGACCAUUGCCCGGCAGCGGUGCCAGAAGGAAGGAGGACGACGCCGAGGAGAGUUUCAUGGGAGACAUCCGCUCCGUGUAGGCGCCCUCCGGUGAGGGUGUAGAAUGGAAAGGAGCUUCUAUUCGUCCGCCAGCUUCUCGCCGCGCAGCGCCAUGAUGAAGAAGGACGUCCACCUCAGCCUGGACGAACACGCAGCCGAGCUCAAGACCGCCGCCGACGGCCUGCUCAACUCGCCGGACCUGGGGCUCCUCAAGCUGGCCUCCCCGGACCUGGAGCGCCUGAUCAUCCAGUCCCACAGCAACGGCGGCCACCACGCCGCGUCCCAGUUCCUCUACCCGAAGUCCGCCAGCGACGAGCAGGAGUUCGCGGAGGGCUUCGUGAAGGCUCUGGAGGACCUCCACAAGCAGAACCAGCUGAGCGAGGCGGGCUGCGACCGACUGGAGCUCCUGGGAGGCGCCGGCGCGGUGGGCUCCUCGGGGCUGCACGACCUGCCGGUCUACACCACCCUGAACGGCUACGCGGGCGCCACCGCGAUCAACUACACCACGGACACCAUCCCCUUCCCGCCGCCGCCGACGGCGCACCUCAGCCCGCAGCAGCAGCAGGCGGCGACCGCCGCCGCCUUGUCGCGGCUCCAGUCCGGCUUGAAGGACGAGCCGCAGACCGUCCCGGACAUGCAGAGCCUGGGCGACAGCCCGCCCCUGUCGCCCAUCGACAUGGACAACCAGGAGCGCAUUAAGGCGGAGAGGAAGAAGCUCCGCAACCGGAUAGCCGCCUCCAAGUGCCGCAAGCGGAAACUGGAGAGGAUCUCCCGGCUGGAGGACAAGGUGAAGACGCUGAAGACGCAGAACACCGAGCUGGCGUCCACGGCCUCCGUCCUCCGCGAGCAGGUCGCCCAGCUCAAGCAGAAGGUGAUGAACCACGUCAGCAGCGGCUGCCAACUUUUGCCCAACCAAGUCCAAGCUUACUAAGGUUGAACUCGUUUUU